AUGCAUGACAGUGGUGAAUUGAAGGAUGUUUUUGAGGAGCACAAUAUUCCCCUCAAACCACAGGGUAGAAAAAAUGAAGAAGUAGGUCAGCCCGAGUCUGCAACUGAGAAGGGUGGUGCAGUUGCUGAACCAAUUGGGCUUACUGAUGCUCAGAAAGCUCGUUUGGAAAGCCUUAUUAAUUCCAGCCCAGUGAUGGUAUUCAUCAAAGGUACACCAGAGGAACCAAGGUGUGGGUUCAGUGGGAAGUUGGUCCACAUACUUAAGCAAGAGAAUAUUCCUUUCUCAAGUUUUGACAUCCUUUCAGCUGAUGAGGUUAGACAGGGGCUGAAAGUGCUCUCAAAUUGGCCCAGUUACCCUCAACUAUACAUAAAAGGUGAGCUGGUUGGCGGCUCAGACAUAGUGAUGGAGAUGCACAAGAGUGGUGAGCUGGUUGGCGGCUCAGACAUAGUGAUGGAGAUGCACAAGAGUGGUGAGCUGAAGAAGGUUAUGUCUGAGAAAGGGGUUAUUCCAAAGGAAAGCCUGGAGGACAGAUUGAAGUCCCUGGUUUCCUCUGCACCGGUGAUGCUUUUAAUGAAGGGCACUCCAGAUGCUCCUCAUUGCGGCUUCAGUUCGAAGGUUGUGAACGCCUUGAAGAAGGAAGGGGUCAGCUUUGGGUCCUUCGACAUCUUAUCUGACGAGGAAGUUAGGCAAGGUUUGAAGACGUACUCCAACUGGCCUACCUUCCCCAGCUCUACUACAAAUUGGAGCUGAUUGGGGGAUGUGAUAUCGUUCUUGAGAUGGAGAAGAGCGGAGACCUGAAGUCAACCCUGUCAGAGUAGACACCUAGCUAGCAUUCUUGCUUCGCUGGCGUUUUUACCAUAUUGCCUGCAUUGGAUCACUCUACUCUGGUAUUCAUGCCAUUGUAUUCAUAGAUCCACGUUGGUACUUGUCUGCAGUACCACAUUGCUAGAAUUGUGACACAUCUGCAGAAGGAAUAACUCACGCUUGUUCGGUACUGAUUGCAUUGUUCUUAUAUCACCAGUUCUAUUGAACGGAUGGAAGCUUUUUUGUUCGGGUAUUGUCACGAUCUAUAGACGGAUGAAGUAAAAUAUUUCUAGAGUAUGUGUGUUCGUGUAA